AACGGCUUAAAAUGACUGCUGUCUCAUUCACUGGAAAUUUUUGAGUUUUGAGACAUCAGUCUUCAGAAUCAAAAACCAAGUAGAAAAAACCGCACCCUUCAACUUCAACUUUCAAAUAUUUAUGUCUCUGUCCAUUACAUUUCAUAAAUCCUUAACAUAAAUCAUAAUAAUUUCAUACAUAUUCUCUGUCCAUUCAGUCAUCUCAUCAUCAUCUUCUUCAUUCAAUUCAAAAACGACUGAUGAGUUUUGCGUUCUGUAACCUCACGGGUCAUUGUGGAAAAAGCUGACACUUCAUGCACAAGCAUUUGUUUUCUUGCCUACUAUUAAUGGCUUCCACAAGUUCAACGCCAACAGACCCUUGUUCUCUUGUGUCCGAAGACACAGCAGCCAAAACCGUCAGCAAGCGAUACGAAGGACUGGUCACAAUUCGAACCAAGGCUAUAAGUGGUAAAGGAGCAUGGUAUUGGACACAUUUCGAGCCAAUUCUUAUAAGCCACACCGACACAAAUCUCCCGAAAGCAGUAAAACUCAGGUGUUCGUUCUGUAAUACUCUUUUUUCAGCUUCAAAUCCAUCAAGAACCGCCUCUGAACAUCUUAAAAGAGGCACAUGUCCGAAUUUCAACUCGGUUUUAAGACAAAAUUCUGUAGUAAUUUCUUCUCCUUUGCCUAUAUCUUCUUUGCCUUCACCAACUUCACAUAAUCAUCAACAUAAUCGAAAGCGAAACUCUUUAAAUUCUUUAGAUUCUCUGGCUGUAGUUGAUCGGUCAACUCAGUUCUGCAAUGAACUUGGUUGUACUAAUUCUGAGCUUAUUCAACCUCAGAAUAAUCAUAAUUUGAAGUUAUCUUGUGGAAAGGAUGAUUUGGGUGCAUUAGCAAUGUUUGAAAAUAGUAUAAAAAAGCUUAAGAGUCCAAAACCUUCUUCAUCACCCGCUGGUUCUUCAUUAAGUAAGAACCAGAUUAAUUCUGCUCUAGAAUCAUUAGCAGAUUGGUUCUACGAAACUUGCGGGUCCGUCUCAUUCUCGAGCCUCGAACAUCCGAAGUUUCGGUCCUUUCUUCAUCAAGUAGGCCUCCCUCCAUGUUCUAUACAUGACUUGUCUAGUUCAAGACUGGAAAAUAGGUUUCUUGAGACAAAAGCUGAGGUGGAAGCUCGAAUUAGAGACGCUAUGUUCUUUCAAAUUGCAUGUAAUGGAUGGAAAAUGAAGAAUUGUUGCAAUGGAGAAGAGAAUUUGGUUAAAUUUAGUAUCAAUCUUCCUAAUGGAACUAGUUUGUAUCAGAAAAUAGUCCUAACAGGAGGAUCAGUGUCUUCAAAACAUGCAGAAGAGAUUAUAUGGGAGGCGGUGAUGAUCAGCUUAUGUGGCAGUAAUGUUUUGCAGAGAUGUGUAGGAAUAGUUGCAGAUAAGUAUAACACUAAAGCAUUGAGAAAUUUGGAGAUUCAACACCAAUGGAUGGUGAAUCUGCCAUGUCAGGUUCAGGGAUUACAUAGUCUGAUCAAUGAUUUUUGCAAGGAGCUUCAGGUUUUCAGAACUGUUACUGAAAGUUGCUUUAAACUUGCCAAUUUUGUGAAUAAUCAGUCUCAAAUCAGGAUUAGCUUCCAAAAGUAUAGACUUCAAGAGCUUGAUUACAGCGGUUUGCUUCGAGUUCCUUCCAGUAAAUGUGAAUGCACUAAGAAUUUCUUGCCUGUUUAUUUGAUGUUUGAGGAUAUAUUAAGCUGUGCUCGUGUGCUUCAUAUGGUUUUCUCGGACGAUUCUUAUAAAUCAAGAACUGUGGAGGAUUUUCUUGCUGCGGAAGUUUCUGAAAUGAUCCAAGGCCAGGGUUUCUGGAAUAGUUUAGAAGCAGUUUAUUCUUUAAUGAAGAUUAUAAAACAGAUUGCUGAUGAAAUCGAAGCGGAUCGGCUGUUGAUAGGGCAAUGCCUGACCUUAUGGGAAGAUUUGAAAGCAAAAGUGAAAAGUUGGUCUGUUCAGUUCAACAUUAUUGAUGGAAAUCUUGAGAAAAUAUUAGACAAAAGAUUCAAAAAGAAUUACCACCCGGCUUGGUCUGCUGGAUUCAUACUUGAUCCGCUUUACUUAAUGAGGGACAUCAAUGGAAAAUAUGUUCCUCCAUUCAAGUGUUUAACACAUGAACAGGAGAAAGAUGUGGAUAAGGUUAUUACCAGAUUGGUUUCAAAGGAAGAGGCUCAUGUUGUAUUAAUGGAGCUUAUGAAAUGGAGAACAGAAGGGCUAGAUCCUUUAUAUGCUCAGGCGGUUCAGCUUAAACAGAAGGAUCCGAUCACCGGAAAGAUGAAAAAUGUGAACCCUCAGGGGAGUAGAUUGGUGUGGGAAACUUGCCUGAGUGAGUAUAAAACGUUAGGCAAAGUUGCUGUCAGGUUGAUCUUUCUCCAAGCUAGUUCUUGUGGUUUUAAAUGUAAUUGGAAUUCUAUGAAAUGGCAGAGAAAUUCAAGAGUGGGACUUGAAAGGGCUCAGAAGAUGAUGUUCAUUGCAGCUCAUUCUAAGCUUGAAAGGCGAGAUUUGUCGAAUUAUGAUGAAGAAAAAGACGGAGAAAUGUUCCGUAUAAGUGGUUCUGAAGAUGAUAUGUUUAAUGGGGAUUUUGUUGAUACACCUUCAGUAUAAUGUUUUCAUUUACUUGUGUAGCAUUUAAUUAAAUCCCUUUUUUGAUGUAUCAUUCCAGUCCGUUUUCACUGGCAAUGAACAUGUUAGAGGUAUAGUCAGGUUGAUCUUUCAGAA